AUGCCUUUCGCGACCAUCAAUGGCCACUCGCUGCACUACACCGACAUCGGCCCAGCAUCAUCGUCAUCAUCCUCGCCAUCGUCGCCAUCACCACACACUCUCAUCUUCGUCCACGGUCUCGGAUCAACCCAGAACUACUAUUUCCCCAUCUUCCCCUUCCUAACGUCCUACCGGUGCAUCAUCUUCGACAACUACGGCGCCGGUCGUUCGCCCUUCCAAGCCGGGACGGAAACCUCCAUCCCCUCUAUCGCCAGCGACGUCCUGGGUCUGCUCUCUCACCUGGGCGUCGACAAGGCCAUCGUCCUGGGCUACUCCAUGGGCGGCAUGGUGCCGACGUACCUGGCAUCCAUGUCACCCGACCGCGUCGAAGCAGGGAUAUGCAUCGGCCCCGUCCACCCGAGUGAAGCCGUGGCCAGCGUCUUCAAACAGCGCGUCCCCACGGUCCAGGCCCAGGGCAUGGAAUCCAUGGCCAACACCAUCCCCAACGCCGCCACGGGGCCCGCGACCACCGCCCUGCAAAAAGCCUUUAUCCGCGAAAUGCUCCUCGCGCAGUCGCCCGAGGGCUAUUGCGCAAACUGUCGCGCCAUCGAACUCGCCACGCCUCCAGAGUAUGCAAACGUACGGUGUCCCAUGUUGAUCAUCGCGGGCGAUCAGGACAAAUCCGCCCCCUUGGCCGGGUGUCAGAUGAUUUUCGACCAACUGGGCACCGCUCCCGAGAGGAAGAGGUUGCACGUGUUAAAGGGAAUUGGCCAUUGGCAUUGUGUUGAGGCGCCAGACGAGGUUGGCCGGUUUGUAAAACAGUUUGUGGAGCAAUUGUAG